AUGUCUCUCCGGCUUAGCCCCAAGUUGGGCUCGCUAAGCGUGUCGCGCAGCUUAUCUAGAGGUCGGCGGAGCUCGGGCUACUCCAGCAGACGGUAUAUCACCAACAGCUACUCUGCAUUCGCAUACACCUGGCUCACCAAGACGCCAGAAGCUAUUCUCAAGAGCCCACAAGACAUCUUAUCGUCCCUUCCAUCCUCCCCGACUCCGCUGCUUGCCAAAGAUUCCGUCCCUGUACUCCUUGUUACUCCGAGCUUUGCCCACUGGCUCGAUCCCUCCGAUGACUUUCUUCCCAACCUGAUGUGCCGGUUGUAUGGCAACGACUCGAGCUCGACCCUUUACGGUGUUGCUGCCGUGAUCGAUAAGAUUCCUACCAAUCAAACACCAGCCGAUAAACCAAAACUGGAGGGAAAUGAAAGCUCUGUUGUGAAUGAACUGGAGUCUGAGGGCCUGUCCCUCUUGGUUGUUGAUAAGGAGAAUGUACAAGGAAAAGCUGCGCCUACUCGGCGUAUUGGAGGACCUGCCAGCGAGGACGCCGAUCUGGUGGUCUCAAUUCAGGGAAGACCGGUCGCCCGAAAUUCAGUACGCGCUACUCAUGAAAUUGGCUUGCGUCUAUCAAAUACCGUCUUUGUCAAUGGAAAGGAAUCGACUCUUGUCGGGAUGCGGUGGGCUCGUGAUGCUGCUGCAAAUGCAGUUACCCUACACAAUACGAUCGAUUUGACAAGCUGCUAUAUCGCACCUACAUCAGCUGCUUCCGACAUCAAACCAACUCUGACACUUCCGCUCUAUCCUGUUGGUGAACGGAGAAAAGUGAUCGCCAGCAUGGGAAAUAUUUUGCGGCAGAUCUCAAAAUCGACCGAUCCGACUUCCAAUGAGCCAAUUCCUGCGUCCUCGGAGCUGGAGAAGGAUCUCCCUCGAUACAUUGAGGAGCACAAUAUCAUGGAUCAAAGGGUCUCCGUCUGGGCUCUGGUUGAGAACCCCAGCAUCCUGAUUGCCAACCAGGAUUCCUCUACCCAGGAUCGCGUGGUACAGUCCCUGCAUCAGGGCGGUAAACUGCACCGUGUCAUGAGUGGAGGUGGUGGAUGGGGAAAGAAGCAGGGCCUUCUUUCCCUGGAUCCGGAGGUUAGCUUUCCAGGCACAACUCGGCGGAGGGAACUGGUUGGCCUAGACCAACUUUUCAAACCCAAGGCAGAUGCUGAAUUGGAUAUACCACCGUUCCUUACUAAGAGCAUGGUCGGAGACGAUCUUUCCCUGUUAUCGCAGGUCGCAACAGCUGGCGAUUUCAUCCAAUUCUUUGUGUCGGUGGACCCGGCAUAUUCGCUUCAUGCUGUCCCCAAGGAUGCCAGCCUUGCUGAUAGCAGCAUCACCUACCGCUUUGGGGUUGUCUCGCGUGCGGAAGAGCUAUCUUCGCGCGAUACAAACGAUGGAGAAAAAGAUAUCACUGUUGUACCGAACUCUUUCGGAGCACUAUCUGAGAAGGCGAUUGCCUACGCUCAGCCUGUGGCGCAAGGAGGAGCAACAUCGGAAUCUAGUACAAAACUGGAUAUCCCAGGGUGCCGGGUCAUCCUGAGUCCUGUAUCAUAG